AUGCAUCCCGCUCGACUCACCCUCCGAACGGCAACCAGAAUCCACCCCAUCCGCAGACCACCAGCUGCGCAGAUCCGAUUCCCGCCGUCCCCUUCAUCACAACUACUACUAGAAAGCCGCCGUUAUUCCAGCGGCGCCUCCCGAUUCAUCCCCCGGUUCGCGCACGCAGACGUAUGGACCACGUUCAUUCCAGCAUUCAUCCGCAACCGCUUCACCGGCAAAGGCAAGCCCUACACGCCCAAGUCGAGGGAAUGGAACCCCGCCAGCUUCUACAUCAUCAUCUUCAUCCUCAUCGGCUCGCAGGCCAUCCGCAUGAUCGCGCUCAAGAACGACUACGCCGCGUACAGCCGGUCGACCGAUGCGAAGAUCCGGCUCCUGCGUGAGGUGAUCGAGAAGGUCAAUAAUGGGGAGGUGGUGGACGUGGAGAAGCUUCUGGGAACGGGCAACGAGGCCAAGGAGCGCGAGUGGGAGGAAGUUCUUCGGGAGAUUGAGGAUGAAGACUCUCUGUGGCAUCGCAAAUCCACCACACCCGACUCCGCUCAACCCCCUCAGAUGGCGAAGGAAGAGGCCGUUAAGCCUGUCGCAAAGGAUCCGGUUAUACCUGCUGAGACUCCUACGAAUGCUGAACCGGCAGCAAACUCGGAGACGAAACGGAAACUCAACUUUUUCUGA